AUGGAGCGGCCCGAGCGGCCCCGCGCCAACGGCUGCGGCGCCCACGGCGCGCUCCGCAACGGCUUCGUGCGCGGCCCGCCCGGCACCCAGAUAAAUCAUAUUGUGCACAAUGGAGGAUUAUACAAAAGGCCUUUCAAUGAAGCUUUUGAAGAAACCCCAAUGCUGGUUGCUGUGCUGACCUAUGUAGGCUAUGGCGUUCUCACUCUCUUUGGAUACCUGCGAGAUUUCAUGCGGCAGUGGAAGAUUGAGAAGUGUCAAAAUGCAACAGAAAGGGAAGAACAGAAGGACUUUGUCCCAUUGUACCAGGACUUUGAAAAUUUCUACAACAGAAACCUCUACAUGCGCAUUCGGGACAGCUGGAACCGUCCAAUCUGCAGUGUGCCAGGGGCCAAAGUGGACAUGAUGGAGAGAGUUUCCCAUGACUACAACUGGACAUUCACAUACACAGGGAGAGUGAUAAAAGACAUCAUAAAUAUGGGUUCCUACAACUACCUUGGGUUUGCACAGAAGACUGGGGCUUGCCAAGAAGCAGCUUCUAAAGUUCUGUCCCAGUAUGGAGCUGGGGUGUGCAGCACCCGGCAGGAGAUGGGAAACUUGGACAAGCAUGAGGAGCUGGAAAAGCUAGUUGCCAGGUUCCUAGGUGUGGAAUCUGCAAUGGCAUAUGGAAUGGGAUUUGCAACCAAUUCUAUGAACAUUCCUGCUUUAGUUGGCAAGGGCUGUCUGAUUCUGAGUGAUGAACUGAAUCAUGCAUCACUAGUGCUUGGAGCAAGACUGUCAGGAGCAACUAUUCGAAUCUUUAAGCACAACAAUAUGCAAAGCCUGGAGAAGCUGCUCAAAGAUGCUAUUGUGCAUGGGCAACCUCGUACACGGAGGCCCUGGAAAAAAAUUCUUAUCUUGGUGGAAGGAAUAUACAGUAUGGAGGGAUCCAUAGUCCGUUUGCCUGAAGUGAUUGCCCUUAAGAAGAAGUACAAAUCCUAUCUGUACCUUGAUGAAGCUCAUAGUAUAGGUGCCCUGGGUCCCAGUGGCCGGGGUGUAGUGGAUUAUUUUGGACUCAAUCCUGAAGAUGUGGAUGUUAUGAUGGGAACAUUUACGAAAAGCUUUGGAGCUGCAGGAGGAUACAUUGGGGGCAAGAAGGAACUGAUUGAUUACCUCAGGACAUACUCUCACAGUGCUGCGUAUGCAACAUCAAUGUCCCCUCCUGUUGUGGAGCAAAUCAUCACCUCCGUGAAGUGCAUUAUGGGUGAAGAUGGUACAACUAUUGGGAGAGCACGUGUGCAGCAGCUAGCAGAGAACACGAGAUAUUUCAGGAGACGACUGAAAGAGAUGGGCUUUAUCAUCUAUGGAAAUGAAGAUUCCCCUGUUGUGCCUCUGAUGCUGUACAUGCCAGCAAAAAUUGGCGCGUUUGGCCGUGAGAUGCUGAAGCGGAACAUCGGUGUUGUGGUUGUGGGCUUCCCUGCCACCCCCAUCAUCGAGUCCAGAGCCAGGUUCUGUUUGUCUGCAGCUCAUACCAAAGAGAUGCUUGAUACAGCUUUAAAAGAAAUCAACGAAGUUGGGGACCUUUUGCAACUGAAAUAUUCCCGUCGCCGUUUGGUACCGCUCCUGGACCGGCCGUUUGACGAGACCACAUAUGAAGAAACAGAAGACUGAGCUCCCUCCACGUGCCUCAGAGGGAGGGACACACACCAGGGGACACUCCGUGGCACACAGGCCACAGCAUCUGUGAACAACACACUUAUGACUGCUUAGUAUAAGAGACGUUUCCUCACAAUACUGAAGUGGCCACAUCAGCUCUAAAUGGCAUUUUGUAAAUAGGGAGAGGAGAAAAAAAUUCUUUGAUUUCUGUGUCUUCAGGGUCUGGCCCUAGAGGUGCUUGGCUUUAUUUUUUUCUUGUUGCUUUUUUUUUAUUUAUUUGUCUCAAUGAGUUCACAGCAACCUAAGUUGGCUGUGGCUGAUUAGUUCAGACUUUGUAUGCACCAUUAGCCUCCCAAAUGCUGGCUGAGAUGUUGUGAGCAUGUGUGACGCUGGCAUGGCAGCAUUUUCAGUGUCACUGCUAGGUGUCUGAUCUUCCCAAUUAGGAAUGAGCUGACCUGUCUGUUUCUGGAGACUUCCCAGAGAAACUGUUGAUUGCUAACUUUGACAUAUUUAACAAGAUGGAUAAUCAACCAAAGUUGUUUUUUUUUUCAUUUGCAGUUACUUAUGUUUAAAACUUGAAUUUAGCCUUUUUAAAAUAAAUGUGUUGUUGACAUGUCGCUGACAGGA